AUGACAAUCAAGCUAAUAAAGACAAGCAGGGAUCAGUUACCACAUCAUCAACGAAACGAAACAAAAUCAAUUAUGAGAUUAAAAUUUGGUUUAAAAAAAGCGCCUAAUUUGUGGGAAAUGUCUCUUUCUCAGAUGAUGGUUUUACUGGUUGAAUUUAAAGGCGAAGUAGCAGUAAAAUUGAGAAAACCUUUAUUCUUAUCGGGUCUUUGGAAAACAACAAACGAGGUGUUGUGGGUGUUUUUGUGUGUCGCUGCUAUUGGCAUUCUUAAUCUUUAUUAUGAAAAGCAAUUAGAUUUACUCGACAUGCCGUUUUUCAUAUAG